AUGGCGUUUACCCAGAUGGCUCCUAACUUUUUUCGCUAUUUAUUGGCCUCCUGGGUCCGAGCUCAGGAGGAAGGUCUUGAGUUCGGACUCAGGGAGUUGAAACAAUUGUUCGCUAUAAAGCGGAACAAUGGCUUUUCUGGCACGAUGAUUCUUGCUCCCCGCUCUGGUCGUGUUAUUAUUGAAGGUAUUCCCAAUAAAGAUGAUCGAUGGAGAGAAAAGUUCUUUGUUUUUAAGGUUAACCCGGCGUCGGUCGGGGAUUUUGACUUUGAGAGGAUCCCUAGGGAAUGGUCCGACGACAUUGAGCCCUUUGGUCAUGUGCCCAUGACUCCCGAGCUUCGUGGGUUAAAGGCUACUUUGCGACGUGGUAGUCCUCGAUGGCUCGCUUUUACUCAUGACCGAAUUAGAACUGCUUAUGCUCUCCCGCCGGGUGUGAACUGUGCUACUCAUGUUGCCUUGGUGGCUCUCGUUCGGCCCAAGAAAGGUCGUGGCAACAAGAGGAAGAAGGAGAAGGAGGUGUUGCUCGAUCGUCCUGAUGAGUCUUCUGAGGUCGGGUCGUUAGAGGGAGCUCAGAAAGUUCAGCGCGGGCCGGUUCUUAGAUCGAGGUCACAGGCUCAGUCUCCUGGCCUUCUGUCUAGGCCGGUAUCGAUUGCUAUCCCUAACGGUGGGACUCGUAAAGCAUCGGAUAACUCGGCGAGUUCUGCUGGCGAUCAAGCUCUUAACGACGAGGUCGAUUCAUUGACUCACCGGCGUCGACGUUGGGUCUUGGAGGAGAUUAACACUGUGACUUUGGGGUCAUCGAGCUCGGGACUCCCUCCACCGUUACGUGUUUCUGGUGAAGGUACUUCGCGGAUUAACUCCAGCGCCCGUCUUUCGAGCGUGCCCGAAGCCUCUUCGUGGGCGUUUUCAUAUGAUAACGAGAUUCUUAUCCUUGAGAACCCCGAUUCCCUCGCUACGAUCUGGCGUAAGAUCAUAGCGGAAGGAUGCGAGCUCCCUUCUCUGGAGCGUAUGCGAGAGCGUGAUGCCUAUGUUCGGAUGGCAGUUGCGAAUGCCAAGGAGGAGAUCGCGGGUCAUCUUCUCACGAUCCAACAGCUUCGAGGUGAGUUGGAGGUUGCUCGGGAGGUGGAGAGGCAGCGCAAAGCGGAGAUCGAGGAGUCAAAGAAUAAGUUGGCUGCUGCUAAGGCGGAGAAGGUCGCUAUUCAGAGCGAUCUUGACUCGAUGAAGGAGAAGCAUAGGCGAGAGAUCGAAGGUCGAGAUAGGCGAGUUCGCAAAGAUCGCCACCUUGCUCGUCUCUCUCUUGCUCAAGAAUAUGAUGGGGUUCUGGCUGUAGUGAAGAACAAGUUGGAGCAGAAGAAAAAGGAAACGGCUGCGGAGAUUCGUUUGCAAGAGGCGCGAGCUCGUAUUGAGGCUUUGACUGAGUAUAAUGAGGGUGGCUUCGAGCUCGAAGCAGAGUUGGAGAAUCUUAAAGACCUGGAGGUUUCGCUCGAAGUUAAUUACGGUCUUGCUUCGGUGUCUGAUCCUUCUCUUAGUCGCCUCGAUCUUCCUUAG